UAGUACAGUAGAGGUUAUAUAGUAUUCAUUCUAUCUCUCUCCUUCGAUCUGAGUUUGUGUUCAAAAAGUUAAUAUGAAGGUGCUAAUUGCUUUGGCGCUCCUCGGAUAUACAUCACUGGUUAAGGCUGACCAGGUGAAGAAGGCAUUUGCUUUCCUGCAAGGUACUUCCGGUGUAACAGGCAAUGUUACGUUAUCCCAACCAUCCUGCACCGAACCUGUGUUCAUAGAGGUCAACGUCAUUGGGCUUACUCCCGGUAAACACGGUUUCCACGUCCACGAGAAGGGCGAUCUAAGUGAUGGUUGUGCCAGCACUGGUGGUCAUUAUAACCCUGAUAAGGUAACGCAUGGAGCUCCCGAUGACCAAGUGCGUCACGUGGGUGACCUUGGCAAUAUCUUAGCCGACGAGAAUGGAAUCGCAAAAACGUCCUUUUCCGAUACGGUAGUUUCUCUAUAUGGCACUCGCAGCGUCGUUGGUCGGGCCAUUGUUGUACACUCUGGCGUGGAUGAUUUUGGAAAAACAAAUCAUCCAGAUUCACUGAAAACGGGGAAUGCUGGUGGGCGAGUUGUAUGCGGCGUAAUAGGAAUUCUGUAAAUAUUCGUUUUUGAUGAUCCUACCGUUUGUGUUUUGUUACGUU